AAAGGAAAAUCAAACUAAAAAAGAAUCCAAACUAAAGAAUCUCUUCUUCACAAGGCACUUUAAACUCCCACGGCAGAAAUCGAGUACGUUUUCAUCCAUCCACCAUGGAUUUUGGGGUUUCUUAUCAACUUUAAUUUGUGAUAUGGAUGAUGGAAAAAUUAGAAGCGGGAUUUCUUCUUUUUCUUCAUUUUUCCUUAAAUUUCUCGGCACCCAAGCAGAAAGUUAAGGUUUUUGAGCUGAAAUUGACCGUUAAGAGUUACUUUUGAGGUUUUAUAAGAGAGUUACAUGGCGAUUUCAAGACCCAUGUUACUUGUUUUCCUAUUGCUUAUACUCAUAAUGACCUCCCAGUUUGAGUGGAGACAACAAUUUGCCGAUCUUGACAUGCCCUCUAGCGUUAUUCCAAAGCAGCAACAAAUUUCGAGGAGGGAAGAAGCUGUGAAAGAAAAGAUUAUCUUAUCACAAGAGAUAAACAUUCAGAGACUUAAGGAACUUGUGCGGAAUCUUCAGCAGCAACUAUCGCAAUGCAAGGGAAAUAACAAGACAAAUGACACUAUAAACCGUUUAACUGAACAUGUUUUUGAGCUCGAAAGGCAGCAAAUCUUAGAGGACUAGGCUGUGGUGUCUCAUAACAUAUGAGUAUGUUGAAGUUGGUAAAUGCUUGUUUACCAUGUAAUUGCAAGUUGAAUAUCUAUUCAUCAUAAGUUAUAUGGCUUUUUUUUAAAACCCUUCUUUACGUAUCCACCUCUUUCAAAAGGAAGUAGUUAAGCUUUGCACAAGAUGGAUUGUCCAUCAUAAAAUCCAUUGUGAUUGCAACGUGGCUGCACUUUGAUUCAGCUGGCGUGACACUAA